AUGACUAACAAUACACUUACACAAACAAAUACAAUAGUUAAAGAGGCAAAAAAAGAAGAUAUUAAGAAGGAAUAUCCAACUUUAGAAGAAAUAAGAAAUGCAAUUCCAUCAGAAUGUUUUGAAAAAGAUGCUUUAAAAUCAAUCUUUUUCUUAGUUUGGGAUUUAUUAUGUCUUGCUGGUAUGUUUAUGAUUGUUGGACAUGUUGAAAAUUAUUUUGGAUGGAUUGGUUUAUUAGGAUGGUAUUUUGUAUUUGGAAUGUUUGGUUUUUCUCUUUUUGUUGUUGGACAUGAUUGUGGACAUACAACUUUCUCAAAUUAUACAUGGUUAAAUGAUCUUUGUGGUCAUAUUGCUCAUGCUCCAAUUAUGGCACCAUAUUGGCCAUGGAAAAAAUCACAUAGAUUACAUCAUCAAUAUACAUCACAUCUAGAUAAAGAUAUAGGUCAUCUUUGGAUUGAUAAAGAAUCAUACGAUCAAAUGGAUUACAUAUCAAAAGAAUUUCAUAAAUUUCCAUUAGCUGGUCUUAUGUUUUGGCAUGUAUAUACAAUUGGUGGAAUUGCUGAUGGUUCACAUUACUGGCCAUGGUCAAAAAUGUUUACAAAUACAAAAGAACGUAUUCAAUGUACUGUUUCGGCAUUAGCUGUUUUAAGUUGUAUGUAUGCUGCUUUUGUUUUUGUUGAUUAUAGUAUUUUUAAUUGGAUAAAAUAUUAUUAUAUUCCAUGUUGUUUUACUGGAUAUUGGUUGGUUAUUGUAACUUAUCUUCAACAUAGAGAUGAGUCAGUUGAAGCUUAUGAAGAAGGAAGUUGGAAUUUUGUUAAAGGUCAACUUCAAACAUAUGAUAGAUACUAUGGAUUUGGAAUUGAUUAUAUAAUGCAUCAUAUUACUGAUUGCCAUCUUGCUCACCAUCUUUUCUUUACAAAAAUUCCACAUUAUAAACUUAAAGACGCUACAAAAGCAAUUAAAGAAGUCUUAACUGAUUAUCCAGGAACAUACAAAUAUAAAUAUACAUAUGAUUUUGUUUAUGAAUAUCAUAGACUUCAACCUGUCUUAGAAUAUAUGGUUAGAAAAGGAAAUGGAAUGUUGAAAUAUUUCAUUGCAUCUGAAGUCACAAAUGGAAAAAAAGAAUAA